UUUCAUUUUAACAAUAUAAAUACAAGCCUUCCUGAUUCCAACAAUUUCAUAUAGUAUCAUGGAGAAACAGUCUAAGCUGAAGAACAAGAUCUUUAAGAUAAUACCAAAAGCAGCUGCUGCAGUGGCCGUGACAUUCCAAAACCCUCCCUUCAGCCCGGGCAGAGAUCACAAACUGAGAUCGGAAAACGCUGCAACCAGGUGGGUCAAACCUCAUGCUCAUGGGGGCAAAGGGUUCUCUGGCCCUAUAGUUUCUAUGAUUCCGAAUGAAGCAAGAAGAAAGGCAAAAGAUGGGGGAAUUGAAACUCAAGAACCCACUUCACCAAAAAUCUCCUGUAUGGGACAGAUCAAGCACAAGAAGAAACAGAUUAAAAAAGACAAGGCUAAGACCAUGUCACUGCCUACACAAACAAAAACCAGAGGCCCUGUUGUUGGCAGUGCCUCAUCCACUCCCAGAGACACAGAGGAAAAGAAACGCACUUCUAAGUUGCAGAGGAUGUUCUUCCACACCCCCAAACCCAAAACUGCGGCGAGAAAACCCGAUGCUUCUGCGUCUGAUGACAGAGCGCCACCGCUGGGGGAGAUGAGGCGUUUUGCAAGUGGGCGUGAAACUUUCUCUAAUUUCGAUUGGAAGGCUCAGAUAGCGCCUGAGGAAAUUGAGGAAAGGGAUUGUUAUUCAGAUGAUGACAGAGUGGAGAGUGAUGCUGAAGAAGAUGUCAUAAUCCCCUUCUCUGCUCCUAUUAUGCUCGGUGGUGGUGGUGGUGGUCCAGAAAGUGUACCUAAUUUGCAGCCGCGGAAAGAAAUUAAUCUAUGGAAGAGAAGAACCAUGGCUCCACCUAGGCCUCUUCAGUUGAAUCCAGUGCUUACGGCAAAAUGAUUCUUUCGUUGUUGAAAUCGUAGAUUUUUUUGUUUUUGUUUAUUCAUUUCUUGGAUCAUUUGGGUUGUCAGAAUUGCAGAUAAUACGUUUAGAUACAAACAAAUAUGGUUCUUUUCGACUUGGCUCAAUGGGCUUGUACUUCGUUUUUACUUUUUGUUUGUUUCCAUGUAUAGAAAAUAUGGUAAUCAUAGCAUAGCAAACGCCAUUGAUUUGAUUCAUCAAAGUACAAGUUCAAGUCAAUUAUUAUUAUUAUUAUUGUUCAACGAGGAAGAUGAUAAUAAAAUAAAUGG